ACCCGGAAGUCUGACUGGCGGCUGGCUACCAACCGGUGACGUGUCUCUAAGUGGCUUCCGUUCCGAGGGAAGUGGCGAUCUGAUGCUGCAGGAACUGGUCUGAUUUACCUGCCUGUGACUGGGCUUUCCACGUAGCUGGACGCCAUGGGUAUUAAGUUUUUGGAAGUUAUAAAGCCCUUCUGUGCAGUGUUGCCAGAGAUACAAAAGCCAGAAAGAAAGAUUCAAUUCAGAGAGAAGGUGCUAUGGACUGCCAUCACCCUCUUCAUUUUCUUGGUGUGUUGCCAGAUACCCCUGUUUGGGAUCAUGUCAUCCGACUCUGCAGAUCCAUUUUACUGGAUGAGAGUUAUUCUGGCUUCUAACCGAGGUACCCUGAUGGAGUUGGGCAUCUCUCCCAUUGUGACUUCUGGCCUCAUCAUGCAGCUGCUGGCUGGAGCAAAGAUCAUAGAGGUUGGGGAUACCCCCAAAGACAGAGCACUCUUCAACGGCGCCCAGAAAUUGUUUGGCAUGAUCAUUACCAUCGGCCAGGCCAUUGUGUAUGUGAUGACCGGAAUGUAUGGAGACCCCUCAGAGAUGGGAGCUGGGAUCUGCCUUCUCAUCAUCAUUCAGCUGUUUGUAGCCGGUUUGAUUGUUUUGCUCCUGGAUGAGCUGCUGCAGAAAGGCUACGGUCUUGGGUCUGGAAUCUCACUUUUUAUUGCUACCAACAUCUGUGAGACAAUAGUCUGGAAGGCCUUCAGCCCGACCACAGUCAACACCGGACGAGGAACUGAAUUUGAGGGGGCUGUCAUUGCCCUCUUCCACCUGCUGGCCACACGCACAGACAAAGUGCGAGCGCUGAGGGAGGCCUUCUACCGGCAGAAUCUUCCCAACCUCAUGAACCUCAUUGCCACAAUCUUUGUGUUCGCCGUGGUCAUAUAUUUUCAGGGCUUUAGAGUCGAUCUACCAAUCAAGUCUGCCCGGUACCGUGGCCAGUACAACACAUAUCCCAUCAAGCUGUUCUACACCUCAAACAUUCCCAUCAUUCUUCAAUCCGCACUGGUGUCCAACCUCUACGUCAUCUCUCAGAUGCUCUCCACCAGAUUCAGUGGAAACUUCCUUGUCAAUUUGUUGGGAACCUGGUCUGACAUAUCUACUGGUGGGCCAGCUCGUGCCUAUCCUGUUGGUGGCCUUUGCUACUACUUGUCUCCCCCAGAGUCCUUCGGUUCAGUUCUGGAGGACCCAGUCCACGCUGUGAUCUAUAUUGUCUUCAUGUUGGGUUCGUGUGCUUUUUUCUCCAAGACCUGGAUUGAGGUGUCUGGAUCCUCUGCCAAAGAUGUGGCCAAGCAGCUGAAGGAGCAGCAGAUGGUGAUGAGGGGUCACAGGGAAACCUCCAUGGUGCAUGAGCUUAACAGGUACAUCCCCACCGCAGCAGCCUUUGGUGGCCUGUGUAUCGGCGGCCUCUCUGUCAUGGCUGACUUCCUGGGUGCCAUUGGCUCAGGCACUGGGAUCCUAUUGGCUGUGACCAUCAUCUACCAGUAUUUCGAGAUCUUCGUCAAAGAGCAGAGUGAAGUGGGCAGCAUGGGUGCUCUGCUCUUCUAAACACGCCGUUCUUCAUCCACAAUGGCAUCAUCAUCAUCAUCCAUAAAUGUUAUUAUGAACUGUGCCUCACAAUGUAAUUAAUGUUAAUAUUAUUGUUGGCCAAUUUUAACGUUUUAUGUCCCCAAAAUCAGAGGGCAAGUUCCUAGUGUGGUUGCCUUUACAGAGGGAUUUUUUUAAGCCAUUUUUUUUUUAAUGGCUGCCCUUACGCUUCUCAAAGGAUAGAAAAAAUCGUCCAGCACUGUGCUACAAUGCUGUCUGUAUGGCACGCUGGUAAUACGCUGAUGCCAUAGAAGCUUCUGGAGGUUUCUUUCUGAGAAAGAAAUGGUUAAAAGCACCUUUUAGAUGCUGUCCUCUGCGGUGCCUGGCUGUGUCAUCGCCUCCUUCAGGUUUGGCUUUUAGGCUCUGGGUUUAUGCCUGGCGGCUUUUGAGAUGCAUCUAGUUGCUCAUUUAACAAUCAUUUCGCCGCCCCCCCCCCAAUUAUAUCCAAUAAUAAGUGGCAACAGUUUGAGCCACAAUUCUCCUUCGGCUUUCAGAAUGUUAACGAUAGAAUGCUCCGGCGAGUCUAACUGAGGACAGGUUUAUUUCUGGCUCAAUGCUAGCUGAGGUAUGUGUCUGUUUUGAGCUUCGUCUCAGACCAAAUAUGUCAGCUUCUGGUUGACGGGAGAGUUUAAGUGGAUUUUCACUGACUAUUACAGAACACCUAACGGAGUUCACUUUUUACACAUUUCCAGUGUGAAAUCACGCUUAAAUAAACUCUGCAUUUAUUAAGAACA